CCCGUGUGCUCGUCAUACCCGGAAAACCGGGUAUGACGCAUUGCAACGCUCUCGCUUCCGCCGAAGACAUGACGAGUGCAGGACUUACGUGAUCACCCGGGAAUCAUGCAGUUAAAUUAUAUUCAACCUUGAUGUUGCUGAUUGGUAAAUUUUACUUACACAAGGUCGGAGGGAAAAAACAUGUCCACGUCCUCAUCUCAGAAAGACUCACCUACAACCUCCAACUCAACUGCUUUCGACGCGUUUUCUUUUGCGAUGGCCAGCAGAACUUCUGAGGACAACUCCAGCAAAGAGCAACAGCCAACUGGGGACGUGAAAAAGAAGCCUUGCCGUGCUUGUACGGACUUUAAAUCGUGGAUGAAGACACAGAAGCAGAAGACGACAGCUGCAGUGCAGCAGGAUUCCCAAGUUGAACAAGAGCCCCAGUGUCCGCUGGACAGGCAAGAGUUGGGACGCAACACCUGGUCAUUUCUGCACACCAUGGCUGCAUAUUACCCUGAUGAACCAUCUGUCGGACAGCAGCAAGAGAUGGGCCAGUUUAUCAACCUUUUCUCCAAAUUCUUUCCUUGUGACGAAUGUGCAGAAGACCUCAGGGAGAGAUUAAAAACCAAUCAGCCAGACACGAGGAGCCGUCACGCUCUUUCCCAGUGGCUCUGUCGACUCCAUAACAACAUCAAUGUGCGUCUGGGCAAGCCUGAGUUCGAUUGCUCCCGAGUUGAUGAGAGGUGGAAGGAUGGAUGGAAAGACGGUUCCUGUGACUGAUAGAAACCCUCUUCGAACUUGAAGUGUCGACACUUUGGGCUUUGGAACAACAUCAUGUGAAUGGAAAUAAAUUAAUUUUAAUGGAUUUUUUGUUUUGCGUGAAGAAGAAAAAAAGUACAAACAAGUGCGUACAUACAAACUACGAUUUGCUAUAUAUUCUAUAUUAAAUGUUGUUGUUUUUUUUUUAACCAAACACUUGAAAGUUGUUCUCUAUAAAUAACAUCCCCAAUAUUUUCAUAUAGAGAUAAUUAAGCCUAGUUAUAUAAAAUUUUCAACAACCAGUGAUUCAUCAUGGGUAGAUAAUUAGUUUUAUGCAGGACAAAGGACUUCUGAGGUUGAAUUUUAUGUGGGUAUGUGGGUGUACGUGCAUGUUUGGGUUUUAGGCUAUGAUUACUUUAUUCUGAGACCUCAAAUGAAAAGGACAAAAUACGGUGAAAUAGUCCAACUAAGUUAACUAAUUAACUGCCAUUGACGGUGCUUAGACGUCCAAUUCAUUUUGACUGAGAGACGCGAAUAAACCCAUUUACAGCCAAUCUUCCUGAUUUAAAUGAAUUGGACUCAUAGGCGGAGAUUGAGGGGAGGCCCCCGUGGCCGAAAAAUGUCAUUGAAUGUAAUUGACUUUCCUAUAAAUGAAUUUGAAAUAAAGACCUAGCUGUUAAAAUGUUGUCUAUAAAAGUUGUAAAUCAAUAAACAACAAAUAUGAAUGAAAUAAACAAGAGUCCUACAAUUUUUCGAACAAAUCAUGUGACUAGCACCUUAAGAGCCAGUCACUUGCUUUGCUUGAUCCGAGGAUUGAACACAGUGUCAAGAUGAAAUAUA